GGGUUGAUGCCCGGCGUAUUGUCCCGUUUUCACCAUGAAAGUUUUGCCAGUUCUUCUCCUAGGCACCCUGUCUCUUCUAGAUCCAGUAACCGCUUCUUCUAAACUAGACCAAGAUGAUGUAGUUCGAAGGUAUACUAAUGAAACCUCAUCGUCGCAUACAACUUCUUCUACCAUAUUAUCAAAAGGGACUCCGACCACCACACUCAUUUCCUCUAGCACAUUGUCUGUCUCUUGUACGGCAACACUGCAAGAGAAGCUUGUCCUACCACUGUCACUAUCGUUCAUACACCCCACACCACUUCCAUAUACUGAUAAAGCUGUGGUUGAAGCAUCUACUUUUCAAAAGGCUACCGCUACAAUUCCGGCCGAGUCAUCCAUAUUGAAAGAAUCGGUACACACUACCGCCUUCAACACAGAUCUUAAGUCGAGUCCUACCAGUUCUCACUCAGCCUCCUUAUCACUCCAGUCUUCGAAAACUUCCGUUGAAGCUUCCGAUAAAGUUUUAAGUACUGCUAUCGCUUCUAGUACUACCACCUCAGAGUCAACUGAGCCAAUAAGUUUAGUGACAUCAAAGCACUUACUCUCAAGUGUCUCUUCUGUAGCCACUGCUUCGCAUUCAAGUGUACUUGAUGAAUCUUCAUUAUCAAAGACAUCCGGGUUAUCUUCGAAACCACUUUCUUCGACGACUUUGUCUGGUGGCACGACAACAACGCAAGCUUUCACACUGACAUUAACGUCAGCUGACUCAACAAAACUCCUUGAAUCUUCAAAAACUAUCAGCUCAUCUGCCUCAUCAGCGCAUACUGAUAUAUCAAAGUCUGAGCCUUCAUUUGUCUCUAGUGCAUCCAAGUCUACUGAUUCUUUAUCGUCAAGUCUUAUUUCUGCCAUCAAGAGCGAGUCUAUCGCAUCCAGGGCUUCCAAUUCUGCUUCAUCUACGACUGUGUUCUCGAUAUCUUCUUCUGGAACAAUAGUCUCCCAGCCAACUGUUCCAGCUUCUACUGCUAUAAAUUUAAAAUCUAGCUCUGAUGCUAAUUUGGUAUCUGCAAGUGGAUCAUCAAGGACAUUGACGUCAAAAACAUUCGAAUCUUCUCAUCAGUUAACACAUGAAUCCAAAUCUGAAGCUAGCUUGACCCAAUCUUCAAUAACUUCUACAUCUAGCUCUCUUUCAAGAGCAUCUGAGACUCCUGUUCAAUCGACACGUGAGUCGAAAUCGGAGAUUGGAUCGGAGCCUUCCAAAGUAUCGUCAAUCAUCUUGACAUCCAAGACACCUAGGUCUUCUUCUAUUCAAACAACACGCGAAGUCAAAUCGGAAUCCAGUUUAGCAUCUUCUGCGCAAGUAUCUACGACUGCAGUCUUGGCUUCCAAAACAGCUGGAUCGUCUAUUCAAACAACACAUGAGAGCAGAUCGGAAUCAAGUCUACCCCUCUCGGCAAAUUCAUCGCUUUUUUCAACUUCAACAACUUCAAAGGCUUCUUCUACUCAAACAACACAAGAAAGCAAAUCAGAAACAAGCAAAUCCUCUUCAUCGGCUUCUUCGGUUCUAGGCCUCUCAACCUCGAAAGCGUCUGGGGUACCGACUCAAACACAAAGUCAAUCGACUCUAGAAUCAAAAUCCAGUUCUUCUACUACUGGAGCCCAACCAACUCUAGAAUCGUCACAGACUCAAAUUCAGACUACUCAAACUCAGACUACUCAAGAGUCAUCUUCGGGAAAGCAGUCGAGUACUCACAGCCCAAUUCCCAACGCUACCACAUUCCACAGCUCGAGUGUACAAUCACCCUCUUCAUCUGUGAUUAGACAGCCACAGACUACAUCUCAUAGCUCGAGUGUGCAAGUACAAGCUUCUUCUGUAAUCAAGCAAUCAGAUACUACAUCCCAUAGCUCGGGUGUACAAGGACAAAGUAGUGCACCGGAAAUAAAGGUCACGAGUAAAAUUGUAGAAACUCCUACUACAGGCAAACCGAAAACAACUUCUCAAAGUACAAAGCUUGCAAGCAACACUGAAAAAAUAAGCACCUCUGCACGAGUACCUGAAACUGCUACAACAAGUGCCAAAUCAUCAGUCAGUGAAACUCCAAAGCAUAGCAGUUCAGUAGAGGGAGUGUCUACAUCGAUUAAGACCUCGGAAAUCCAUUCAAUUAGCACUGCCUCCUCCAAUCGAUCAGAAAAGACCGAGACUACAAAAAUCGAAGGGGCUUCUCAUACAUCCUCUUCAAUACUCAGUAAGACUACGGGUGAAAGUUCUACUGCUAGUGAAAAGCCCAAGACUUCAAAUUUGUCUCCCACGUCUUUCAAAUCGUUAUCUGAUAAGCAAUCGACGACUUCUCAUACAAUAAAGCUUUCAACUUCAGAGAUUAUUUCUAAGACAGAGACGGCAAAAGAAGUAACAGAAACUACUACAUUAUCUACAACUAAAGUUCAGACUUCGAGUCAAAGUACGAAAUCAGAAUCAUCAAAGUCACUCUCUUCAAAGACAUCUGCAUCAACACAAGGGGAAUCAAGCACGAAAACCGCUCCCACUCAAACUUUUUUCUCUAAACCAUCAUCAACUGAAAUGAAUACGAGCGUUAUCUCAGGUUGUACGGCAACCUUCUCGGUUGUCGGUCAAGUCUUACCAGUAUGCCCACAUACUAUCACCCUUGAUUCAUUCUUUUCCACUUCGAAGACACCAGGUUCUGUUUCACCUACUAGUAUUAUCGUCUCGACGAGUGUUUCUGCUACUUCAAAAGUGGCCGAAACUACUAGUAAGACGUCUGAUAGUCAUUCUGCCACUUCCAAUCCAGCUACCUUCAAUCAUAUCACUUCUAGUAUAGUCAGCGAAUCGCCAGAUGCGCCUACAUUAGUUUCUCAAACCAGUGUGCAAACAACCAACCCAAUUAGCAAGUCUCCGGAUACGUCUCCAUCGUUUCCUGCCACCAGUAAUCCAAUAAAUCCUGUAUCUGCCCCAGGGAGUAAGCCGGCUGAUACUACAACUAAUACCCAGCCAUUAGGAUCUACAGUUCCUGGAUCCAUUGCAAUUCCUACUACUUCUAACCCAGCUAAGAGCAAAUCACCUGAUGCUCCUACUUCUAAUCCAGCAACCACUAAAUUGCCCGACACUCCUACGUUGGCCUUAGCAAGUGGCACACCGGUUGUACCAGCUACAACGAAACCACCUGACGCUCCUGCUACUAAUACAGGAAAUACCAAGUCACCUGAUGUAGCUACUUCAAGUCCAAUAACUACAAAGUCACCCAAAUCACCUGUUUCACCUACGAUUAGUCCUGUGACUUUAAACACUAGUAAUGGCGGAGGAGAAACUUCAAAUACUGCCCCAGCAACAUUGUCAACUACUAAAGCUCAGACUGAAACUGCUAAGGCGAUCUCAAAUCCACAAGCAACUUCAAAUACCGUAUCUUUACCCGGAACAAAACCGACUGAUACUGCGACCGAUGUGGCAUCAAUAGGACCAACAGUUUCUCCAUCAAUUGCAUCACCGCCUGUAUCUAAUCCAGCUGGAACAACGAGUAAUGUAUCGCUACCAGGGACAACAAGUAAUGUAUCACCACCGGUAACAACGAAUCCUGUAUCUGUAUCUGGAACCAAGCCAACUGAUAAUACUACAAACACAUCACCACUAGUAACUACAGUUCCUGGAUCGACUGCAAUUCCUCCUGUAUCUACAAACCCUGUUUCUGUUCCUGGAACAAAGCCAGCAGACACAGCUCCAACAAGCAAUCUAACUAACACCGCAACUGGAAGUCUUGCAUCUCCACCUUUAUCUACUGGAACUACUACUCCUGCUAUUGGAAUUCCAGUUGGACUACCGAGUGACAAAAGUACAGCUCUCCCAACCACUGGAACGAGUGAUAUAAUCGGUACCCAACCCGUAGCUAGUAAUCCUGGCAUCCAAACGGGCGGCACAGAAAAAUUACCCUUAGCAUCCGCCACCGCUUCUAUAAUUUCCAGCAUUCAAUCAUCACCCACCGGCGUAAAGACCAAUCCCGAUGUAAACACUGCGAUAUCCAGCCCGACUAUAACUCCCACAACCAUUAAGCCUUCACCAGGCCAAACCACCAUCGCUCCCGUUGUGUUUAAUUCCCUAACUCUCAGUCAAGGAAGCUCCAACUUCGUAGUUGGUUCACAAACUAUUAAACCCGGUUCCGAAGCUACUGUAAGCGGCGAGCGUAUCUCCAUUGCUCCAUCCGGCUCUGCAAUCAUCAUCAAUGGCGUAACCACAAGUACUACGCCCACACCAGCUCCAUCUCCAUCCAAUGGUGCCAAGGCCGUUUUAUCAACCACCACCGAAGCCCUCCCUGGUGUCGUUGUUGUCGGAACAUCUAGUGUAACAGCCGAUUUCACCAAAUCCGGUUUCGUCAUCGGAAGCGCCACUUUGACUCCCGGAGGUGCGAUUACGCAAGGAAGUACUAUUAUUACUCUUCCUCCUAGUAGUACCACCUCUCUCCCUUCCAACGUUGUUGUGAUUGGAUCUUCGACCUUUACUAAAAAUUCCGCCUCUGAAGUUGUGAUAGGUAGUCAAACAUUGAAACCAGGUUCCGUUAUUACAGUUGAUGGAUCUACGGUUUCUUUAUCACCGACUGGAAAUGCGGUGGUGGUUAAUGCAAACAGUGGGUUUGUAACAAGUACUGCUAGUUUGCAAAGCGUAGUUCCAUUGAACAGUUUGGUUAUUGGGGGACAAACGCUCACGGCUGGAGGAACAGUGACGGAGGGUGGAGAUAUAUUAAGUUUGGCGGCGGGAGGAACGGGGAUUGUAGUUGUAGGGACGAUGACUGUAGGUGCUGGAGGUGCAACAGAGUCGGCGAAGAAAAAGAGUGCGGGUGUAAGGAUGGGGCUUGGUGGAUGGGGAUUAUUGUAUUUACAGGUUUCUUUUGUACUUUUGGGGUUGUUGAUUUGAGGGGGUUUUAAAGGGGAGAGGCGGGUGGUUUUUUGAGAUGUUUUAGUUUAUGACGGUUGGAGGUUUGGGGAAUGGGGAAUGGAGAAGAGGUGUAUUUCUAUAUUAGAGAGGAGGGUUUGUAGCUAUAAAACAGGAUAAUGGGAUCAUACUAGCGAGCGAAAAGUUUCGGAUAGUUUGGAGGAUGUGUGUGGCUUUUCUUUUCUUUUCUUUACCUUCUUUUGUUCUCUUGUUUUAUGUAUUAUUAUUACCACUAUUAUAUACCUAGGUAUCCAAAAUCUUUAUAUCUACGAUCGGUAUUUGUUUUUCACUGGAAAUGAGGGAUUGGGGGUGAGUG